CGACGACGUCACCAUCAUCACGAGUGGCAGCUGAGGUCGCCGUGCCUUGACCUCACAGUCACCUCGAGAUAAAGUUGUCACUUUGCCCCUCGAGAUAAAGGUCCUCAUCUCUGCCUGGUUGAAGGACAACAGCAGCACCCGGGAUGGUCGCUGCAGUAGUCGGGAUGGUCGCAGCAGCAGUCGGGACAAUCGGGAUGGUUGCAACAGCAGUCGGGAUAGUCUGGAUGGUCGCAGCAGCAUUCGGGACAGUCGGGAUGGUCGCAGCAGCAUUCGGGACAGUCGGGAUGGCCGGGAUGGUCGCACCAGCACUCGGGAUGGUCAUAGUAGCUGUCGGGAUGCUGGCAGCAGCAGCAACAAACGCAGGAGGAGGUUCAGGACCAAGAGCAGACAUUAAGGAUGAAAAAAAGUUGACUAGGGAUUCCCUUUCUAAAAGUGGAAACGCUUCAUCAUUAUCCCACAUGUCUUCCACCAUUAUUUUUUCUUCUCUGCUUAUCCUCAUUUUCUUGAGGAUCGCCACUGGUAAGACUCACUUGCCACCGCAAAACUUUAAUGUUUUGGACUAUGGUGCAGUUGCUGACGGCGUUUCGGAAAACAGUCCGGCAUUUCUGAGGGCAUGGGAAGAUGCAUGUAGACACCCGGGGAAGAGUAGGGUAAUUGUACCAAAAGGGACGUUCAAGAUUUGGUCAACGACAUUUGUGGGGCCGUGCCUGGGGCCCAUAUCAUUUGUGAUAGAAGGAGUUCUCAGAGCUCCGACGCAUCCGUCGGAGUUCCGGUCGGACACGUGGCUAGGGUUCCGGUAUGUGGAUAGGUUGUCGGUGAAGGGCGGUGGUUACUUGGAUGGCCAAGGCCACGCUGCUUGGCCCUUUAAUGACUGCUCCACGAAUCCCAACUGCUUUCCUCUUCCUGUGUCACUACGGUUAGACUUUGUGAGGAAAGCAAGGAUAAAUCACUUGAGAUCAAUAAACAGCAAGAACACCCACUUCUCCCUCUUCGCCUGCGACAAGAUCCAAAUCUCUCGGGUGAGGCUGACCGCCCCGGGCGACAGCCCUAACACGGACGGAAUCCGCAUCGGGGCGUCAACCAAUGUCAAGAUAUCACACGCCACCAUCCAAACAGGCGACGACUGCGUCUCCAUCAUAACCGGUAGCAACAACAUCCGCGUCAACGAUGUGAUGUGUGGGCCCGGCCACGGCAUCAGCAUCGGCUCCCUGGGGAAAUCCCAGGGAGACUUUGUGUCAGAUGUUCAAGUGACAAACUGCACCUUCCUCGGCACUCAGAACGGCGCGAGGAUCAAAACAUGGGCUGCGGACUCCAUGUCCAGCACCGUCUCCAACCUAUUCUUCGGGUACAUUGCAAUGCAGAACGUGAACAACCCCAUCAUCAUUGAUCAAGUAUACUGCCCCGGCCAGCUUCCUGAUUGCUACACUCUGGGAAAAUCAUUGUCACGGGUACAGAUAAAAGAUGUGACAUUUUACAACAUUUGGGGAACCUCAGCUUCAAAAGUGGCAUUAGCGUUGAAAUGCAGCGCAUUGGUUCCUUGUCAGGAUAUCGUAUUGAAUAAAAUUGACUUGAGUUACAACGGGCAAGAAGGCGGACCGGCAAUUUCAGACUGUUCCAAUGUGAAUGGCAAAUCCUAUGGGAAACAGUUCCCCAAUGGGUGUUUGUAGACAAAUAGAGAUUAGAGGCUACAUGCAUCAUGCGUGGGAGCAGUAUUUUUUUAUUAAUCCAACUGACGUUUAACACACAUUA